GGCCUCGUCGGGAGUCUCCCAAAGCAACGGGCAAUUCACGAGAUGAGGGCCGAUCUCGAUCCAAUAUCAUCCCGCCACGGCUGGAGGCUUCGUGUUUGCAUUCCAGGGCGAGUUCUGCAGUGGCCGGCUUCCGGCUUGCGGGUUUCAUCGACAGCGAGUCGAAGAAGAUACAACUCGAUGAAGGACACCCCGAUCGAUGCACUGAAAGCGAGAUAUCCUCCGAAAACUGAUCGAAGCCGAUCACAGGGCUGGAUGUGUGGUCUUUCUGGCUGCUUAUUCUAUAGCAUUGGGAAAAAGGGAAAGACUACAUUCGUGGUAAAAGAGUGGCAAUCUACUGCGCGUCCAGCCAGUAUCCUCCAGUGCGCUUUCC